AUGGUCAAGACGCGCAAAACCAACCCUUCUAAACAAACACGAAAAAGGUCUUCUUUAAAUCGCAAAUCAAAGAGAAAGAGGGACGAAGAGGACAGUGAGGCGGAUUACGUUGAGCCAUCGUCUGCCCGCAAGCGCAGGAAACCAGGCACCCCCCAACGUAGUCCACAAUCCCCAGUCCCAGCCAGAAAUCCAGAUCAAGUCAGUGGAGAGAUUGAGGACUCAGACAGGGACGAAGACACUGUUUUAGAGAGAGACUGGUAUCUUGUUCGUGCAGUCAUUGAUGAACGAUUUGAAGAGGGUUCAGACGGCGAAACCAAACACCAAUAUCUAGUCGAUUGGCUACCAAGCCAUCAAAAAACAUAUCCGCCAACCUGGGAAUUAGCCGAGAAUUUGAAUGACGACGCUUUGAAAGACUGGGAGCAAGUAAAGGACAAGAAGAAGCGCGUCGAGCUGCAACGUGAGGCUAAGCGCCAGGACAGAAGGAGCCGACGAGGACUUCGGAGUCUAACACCUCGUGCUGCUAAAGCUGAACCAGUUGAUUUUGAUGAAAAACAGAAGCCCUGGACUUUUGAUGAACCACUUCAAAAUCACUCUCCAUCCGACUCUCUUGGCCAACGUAUGCGAACAAGAAACAGUCGCAGAGCUGAAGCAGAAACCACACUGUCAGAAGAGCCAGUGCCGUCAUUCAUCUCAUCGUCAUCUGUUGAUGCCGAAUCUGUAGGCUUGGACGAACCCUCUGCGCUACCUGUUCAAAGGGUUGCUGUUGUGUUGCGUAAGUCUGAUAACUUUGAUCCUUCUGAAUACCAAAGUGUCUAUACCAGCUCGCAAAGAAUUUCAGAUCUUGAAGACGAUGAUCAACGUCUAGCAUUUGCAUCACAUUUGAGCCAAGACACCAUCCCUGACUCUCAAGAUCUAUCUGGUCAAUGGGAUUCCAGAAACCCUCAGAGUCAAGCUAGUGUACAGGAAUCAGAUAAUCCUGGAAACCCUGUUGAUCAACUACCAGUAACACCGGGCCACCCUAAGACUGGCGAACAAGAAGAAGACAUUGCCAGAUCAGAAAUCAAUAGCCCUUCCCGUUCUGACCGCGGACAACGGGAGCUUGACACUAGUCAGGUGGAUCGGGAUUUAGAACUCGACGAUAGUGAGAUCGAAUACUCUAUCCGCAGCCAGUUACUCGAGGAUAGCCAGCAUUUUCAUCACGACGACAGCAACCACGACCAUCGUCUUUGCGAAGACACUGAGUCCAGUCUGGGCCCUGGAGAACUGUCACACGAUCACGUAGACACUAAUAUCAUACCGCCUUCGUCGGAAGAUCAAAGUUUUGAGACUGCGAACUCUCAAACCAGUCAAGAACUCUCAAAUAGUAGAGACUCUUAUAUUCCCUCUGUUCAACUUACACAAGACAAUACUUCGACAAACAGACCUUCUGGGAGCGGACAGCAAGUAGUCGAUUUUCCAGCCUUUGAAGCCAAUUUCCGUCCUCUUUCGGAGCGCAACACUCAUAGCACCCAGAGAAACGGCUUAGAGGGAAGCGCUUCAAGCUAUCAUUCCUCUGCGGGUGAUCAAGACAGCAAUAUUGAUCAGUCACAGCGAUCGGGAAUCAACAUCAGUUCUCGCCCGUCCAUAAGCCAGGGACAGGUUGGUACUUUCGAUCCCAAACCUUCUCAAAGGUCACCGUCCCCUCCGGAAGACGCCGCACAACUCGAAGCACAGCUAUCCUCAAGCAGUGGGAUUAGUCGCGUCAUUCCAGACUCCCAGGAGUGCUCAGGCUUAUCUGCGGAGUCGCAUCACAACGCGUUUCAGACCUUGCCAGCAUCGAAAAAGGCCCAGUCCACCCCUUUUGCUUCUCAAGUCGAAGUCGUUCCGGACUCGGCCACAACUGGCUCGGAUAUUCCCUCUCGCCAACCAGAUCAGUCACGCCUAGCUUCACUCACCAGGGAAGACACGUUGAACGACUCCUUACCAACUGACCAAGGUGUUGACCGUGUACAAAGGACGGCAACAGCGGCCCUUCAGCAAUCUUUCACUCCUGAUAACAUCCGAAAUACACCCAUCUUCCUCACGCAGCCUCAAGACCUGCACGACUCUCCUGUUGUUUCAAGCUCUCUGUCAGAGCUUGAAUCCACCGGAGCGGCGAAGACUGUAUUUGGUCCUGCAAGCACACAAUACAGGCCCCACGAGCCCGAAGAUCAAGACUUGGUAGAGCCGCAGGCGGCCCAGCCACAACCACAGACCUCUACAUCCCAGCUUGGAGGACACGCCAUUAGUCAAGAGACGGAAUUUGGCAUCGGAUCUCAGUCGGUCCAGGACAAACCAAGGGUCAAUUGCGGAACAGAACGGUGUUCCAACCAACCAUCUCAAACCGCCAGUGCAUCUGAGCCGCCUUCUGAGCCACUCAGACCACCUUUAGAGUUUCAAGAAAUGGAACGCUCGCAUUCUCGGCCACGGAGCUCAGCAGCCGAUGAGCUCAGAAGCUUUGUGGAUUUUGGUGCGGAUUCAAUACUGGCUCCAGCUGGCGAAGAGGAAAGCCUAGAUGUAUCGUCUUAUGACGCUCCAAAUGAGCAUCAACCCAUGAAUAGUACUGGCACAGCCGGUCUCGAUGUUGUCGUCAGUUCUCCUGAAGCUAUCAUACAGACACAGCCAGCCUACUCGGUGGAUCCUUGGAAACCAGAGGCUUUGGGGAACACACCAGAGGCUCCUGCGCCUUCAAUCUCGCCGGCGUCCAUCAUGGCAAAUCCUCAUCGUUCGACUGCAGACGACAUGAGAGAGCUGCUCUCUCGCGCGUUCAGCAGCACAGGGGAUUCUGUUACCCGUUCUCUCAUGAGUCAGGAACCCGAUGAUAUAAUACCACCUGGCACUAUCUCUCCAGCGGCCAUAAGCAGGGCUGCUGAUCCUCUAGAGCCGACUCGCACCUUGAAUCUCACGAACCGGGGCGCAGUACCCUCCGAGGUAGACAGCUCUGGUCCCUCAAUCACAAUGGGUCAAAUUCCCGCCGAAGAAGGUUCUGAUACCUCGUCUCAGUCAUCUGAACGAGAAGAUCAUACUCAACAUAUCAUCACUCUUCCGAUGCAAGCGAGUAAACGUCCAUAUUAUGGAGCAAUAAUAAAGGACUAUAAGGCUGAGAUCCAAGCUUUCAGCGGGCUGUUCACCGGCGACUCUGGCGAACAACCUGAUGAGCUGCUUGUGCAAAAGAUCCACGAUCUUUUUGGCAAAUUGUUCAACAUUUGCGAUUUCCCGCCAGAUGUCAUUGGAACCAGUCUCGAGUCAGAGCCCAGCGCCGACAUCGCCAAAUUCUGCUGUGAUUCCAACCCUAAGUUCAAUUUCUUAUUUGAGCUCAUGACUGCUUUGGACGAGAAGGACAAGGAGAUUCUUAUCGUAGUUCGCAAUCAAGAACUUAUGCGACUCAUAUUCGCCAUUACCAAACUCGCGGAGAUUGAAUGCUCAGCUGAGAGCAUUGGUCAACACACAACCUUUCCGUCAGCCACAAGAGUCACUCUUGCUUUAUGGGAUGAGGAUUUUAAUCCUUUCAGCUUCGACGUCGUUAUUGGUUAUGACUAUCUUUACAUUCGUUCGCAUGUUCACAAGCAAUUGACUUCGGGCACUGGCCGGAAGUCACCGGUUGUGCUUCUGAUGGUAACAACCUAUUCUGCUGAGCACGUUAGCCUUGUACCCCUUAAGGACGCGUCUCCCCUCGAGGAACUGAAUGCAAUGCUUGCGUGUACUGUCAGUGCCGGGCACUAUCUCGAAGACCCCGAACGUGACUACAGCGAGCCACAUGAAGUUGCCGAGAUAUUUGCACGUUACCUCAAUGGCGUCACUGACACCUCAAACUGGGAACCACAGGGAAUACCGGACGAUGUACUUGAUAUUUUUGCGAGUCCAAUGUCCCAGAACCAGUUGCUUUUUGCUGUAGAAUCGUUGCCUGGCAAUGGGCUUAAGCGGAAGUUUAGUGACGGAGACGAGGUAGCGGAUGCCAAACGAACGCGAACACUUGCUCUCCGUGAUCCACUAGCCGGUUCCAACAACCCUCCGAUGUCUCUGGCAACACGACAGUGGCUUGACGGCGCAUUGCUUCGAGGAGAGGCUAAUAACAGAGCGGCCACUACCACAGUGCUUGUGGCAGUCCUAGACUCACUCAGAGAACAGGCGGACGAGUACAAACGCAAAGUUUCGUUGGCUGGCGAAGUCGAGAUUGAACUGAAAAGUCAUAUCAACCGUCUUGAUAAAGAAAAUAAGGACUAUCGAAAGAUGUCGUCCAAAAUCGGCCAGUCAAAUCGUGCGGCCAUUGAGGAUCGAACGGUCUUUGAAAAGAAAAAGAUCGAGGCUGAGGCAGCCGCUCAAAGUGCCAAAGUAGCGGCACAGAAAGAGGGCGAGAAGUACAAGCAACAAAUAAAGGAGCUUGAAUCUACGAUCAGCCGUCUGAAGGAGACACCCGGAGCCGCUGAAAGGGAAGACGCAUUUGCUACAGCGCAAAAGCAGCUACGGACCACGGAAGACAAGCUGAAAAGCGCCCUGGCAGAUGUUGAUUUCAUGAGAAGUCGUUAUCAAGAUGUCGAUUCCAAAGCAUCACAGCUGUCGAACGAGGUUAAUGUAUUGAGGACCCAGAACGGACAAUUGCAGCAGAAAGCCUCGACGAAUCUGGUAGCUGCCCAAGCACAACAAGCUUCUAACGAGAGACAGGCUAUGUCGCAGCAGAUUGCAAGCUUACGAGCACAAUUACAACAGAAAGACACGGAGUUGGCCGCUGCACAUCAGAAGAUCAACAGUUUCGGACGGAACACAAGAGGUGGCAGCAUGCCUCGCAGCCCUCGUGUUGCAGCAACUGGAGUGAGUCCACGGCCCAGCCGGGCGUAUGCUGGUUCUGCUAGCAGAGGGACAAGUCCUUCUGGGCCUGGUACACAGUUCAUGAGUCACCAAAACCAAAGCACCAGAUGGAACUCUCUUCAGUGA